ACGAAGCAAACAAAUUCUACAUGGAGAGGCAAAUUAUAAACAAGAGAAAACGAGUCUUUUCUCUCCAACCAAACAAGAACCCUAAUGAGCUCUUCGCAAGAAGAUACGUGAGCCACUUGGUUCCAGCUCUCAAAAAGAUCAACAUGAACAAAUCCUCUUCAAAAACAAACCACCAAAGUUUUGAAAAAACCGUGAAACAUGAAGUAGACAUGGCUUUCGCCUUGUCUGCUCAAGAAUUCGCGUGGAGCCGUUUCUUGCAACAGAAGCUAUUAUCUUCCCCUCAUGAUGAUCUAAUAAGCACUAGUAGUUAUCCUUCCGAGAUUCUAGAAAGAUCGAGCAAAAAACAAGGUGGAGAAAAACACCAAGACCGCGACGAAGAAGGAGGAGAGAUCAAGAAGAGAUUGAAGGAAUUGCAGAAGCUUUUGCCAGGUGGAGAAGAGAUGAACAUGGAGGAGAUUCUGAGUGAGAUUGGAAGCUACAUUGUAUGUCUUGAGUUGCAGAUGAUUGUUCUAAAAUCUAUUGUACAAGAUAAUACUUCUUGAAAAUAAUAUAAUUCAUUUUUUUUU